AACCACACUCGCACAAGGCGAGUCAUACGCCGCAACUGUUUGUAAGCGGAGGAAUAACACCCCCCCAAUUGCGCUUUGGCUCUCACUGUCAUCACUCUGUAGACUCCACGUCUACCAUUCCCUCCACACCGUCGUACUCUUUCUGUCGACUCUUUUCUCUUGGCUCCACCCCUCUCUUCACUCUUUGCCACCAUCACCACCACCCUUCGCCGCCGCAGCUACGCUCCCCUCGAAAACAACUCUGCCGCUUCUGUCCCUUCCUCCCGAUUCGAGUCGCUUCGCUAGUUGGUCAUUCAUCCCAUGGACAUUCUCUCACGGGCACCGGUCGAGAUUGCACAGCAGAUUCUCAACAACCUCGACAUUCAUGACCUAGCAAGAUGUCAACGCGUCUCGAGGCAAUGGUACUGGAUCACAGUCGACCAAUCUCUCUGGAAAAACGUCUUUCUCGAGCAUGAACGCGAAUUCGCCAUCCCAACAAUCCCUUCCUCGACCUCGUCGUCUUCUUCCCUGAGAUUCUUCACUCCAGCACCCACAUCAACAUCCUCAGCAGUAUCGCCGUCACCCUCCUCAACAGCCUUCACAGCACCGUCGCUCCCAGAAGGCCAACAUCUCGUACCGCAAAGGGACUGGAAACAAGAGUGCCGGACACGAAUCAUUUCUGACCGCAAUUGGUCGAAUGGACACAUCCAGUCCCUCUUUACGCUCAAGGUCCAUCGGGGUGGGAUCGUGCGUCUGCGCAUCAAGGCAGGAAAGUUAUUGUCAGGGGAUAUGUUUGGACAAGUCGCGGUGUGGAAUACGAAGACAUAUGAGUGUGAGGAUCUAGUCGAUGCGGCCGUGGGACCAAUUCAAUUGCUGGACUUUAGUGCCGUUGCCAUGGUUAUGACCGUCGUCUCCAAGUCUGGGAUCUGUCGAAUCUGGGAUCUCAGGACAAAGGCGUUGAUCCACAGUUCAUCCGCGACCGAGGUGAGCUGCAUGACUAUGAGCGAUGAGUACCUUGUCCUGGGCAGGAGGGAUUGCCAGAUCGACAUCGUGGACUUUCAUACAGGCAACGUCCUCAGAUCGACAGAGCCACUUGCAGGAGAAACGCUCCAAGAUAUCUACAUCCAGAACGACACUCUAAUAAUUGCCACAGGACAUUUCAUCCGGAUCCUCUCGAUCGACACCCUGGCAGUCUUACUAUCGAGUACAUUACCAAUCUCAAACAGCGCCCGCACAUUCUGCUGCGUCUUCCACAUCCGGUCCCUCAUUCUCCUAACGGAUCGACAUCUUCUUCAUCUGGAGUGGGAACCGCUUUAUAAAUCUCCUAACAAACAAUUUAUGAUCGAUACACGCCGCGAGCUCCCACCGAACCUGUUGAAAGCGCCACAUAUUCACAAGACGAAAGUCCCGCCAAUCUCGACGAUUACCUCGAUCGCAAUCGGGGGUAACCAUCCUCAUGUACUGACAACGAAUGCGGAUCGUCCUUCGCUGAAUGGCGCGAUUCGGGUGUGUCCGACAGUCUCACGAUAUUCAGCCGUGCGGUCUCAUCAACAGCAACAGCUGCAACAUGAAGAACGAGAGCAGCAGCAGCAGCAGGAGCAGAAUGCGAAUGCGGAAGGAAAUGAUGUCUAUAUGGAUCCAGUGGGGACACCAGAGAUCAUUGGAGAAGGUACCAGGGUGAUGACGACUGAAAUGUCAGAGAUUGUUUUGACGAGCCAGGUGGAUGAGAUUACACAGUAUUUGGAGACCUGCGGACUGAAGCCGUCCUUUAUGGAUGUGGAUGAGGAUGUGAUCGUGAUAGGGACAAGCAAAGGCGAUAUUGUUGUGCUGAGCAUGGCCCCUCAGGAGUAGAUCAGAUAUGUUGUAAUAAAGAAACACGUGUAUUUUUA